UGGCUGGAGGCUUCACUUUGAACAAACGCGAUCUAUCGUUUGCCUUUAGGACCUGCCUGUACGGGUGUAGUUAAACUUAAGAAGACAAGUCUCAAAUGUUCUGUCCGUUAGUCGGGGCAGUCGAAUGCAUCAAAAGCAUGAUUUUGAAGGAAUAAAACCCCUCAAAUCGUCUACUUGACAGUUUACGGUAUUCAUUGCUUUAACAAACGGUAUCUGGUGGAAGAGAAGAUCUAAAGUCUUAGUUAUGGAUCCAGAAAGACAGAAGCGUAAAGAAGAAAUUCAGAAAUCUCUGGGAUUCAUUCAGUCAUCCUUGCCUUUCCCUGAACCUGAAGGUUAUGAGGCAUUUCUGACCCAGCUAGUGUGUAAUUUGCUGGAUGAGGGUAAUGCAGUAUUUCGUGAUGGAGAGUGGAGACAGGCUGCUGUACAUUACAGCGAGGGUGUGAAUGUAUCGCGCUAUGCUCAGUCUGAAGCCCUAGUCAUUCCCCAAGAGUUGUUAGAGAGCCUAUAUGUGAACCGGGCUGCUGCACACUACAAUCUAGGAGAGUUUGAGCGGGGAGUGCAGGACUGUGACAGUGCACUGUGUGUGUCGGAGGGCAGUCGCAGGGCACUCUACAGGAAGGCACUUUGUCUAAGGGAGCUGGGCCGACUCAGAGAGGCUUAUGAGUGUGGCACUGGAUGCUUACUAACUGCCCCUCAUGACAGACAAGUUAGUGAACUUGCUCAGGAUCUCGCCAACAAACUGGGUUUGAAAAUACGCAAAGCCUACGUCAGCCCUCAGAUUGAUUCCACAACAUCUGGGACAGACAACAGUGGAGAAACUAAUUCUCCUAAAGGGGAGACCUCCUCAAAUGGUCUCGAGUCUUUGACUGAUAUUGACUCAGACCUUACAAGUGCCCAAUGCAUCCCUGCCCCUUUGGCAACACCAAUCCCAGUCAGUGAUGACCCCCAAAUGCCCACACUUAGCCCAGUUGUGCCCCAAGACAUGCCCGAGAGCCCAAGCCAGGAGCCGUCGGGGCGGGUACCAUACUCUGUGCCUGUAUCUGAACACAUGGGGGAAUGUGUGAUGAAUGAAGAAUGUCUGGAAACAUUGCUGGAAAGUAUUCCUAAAGGUGCUGAAGUCAGCGUGAACCCAGUUCAGGGGGCCAUUCCCACUAACCUUCCAAACACUGCUGUGGGUUUGAGGCCUCCAUACUCUCCUGGUCUUCCAGCCUCCUCUUCUCAGCUUACAACAACAUAUUUCAACUCUGCUGUCAGUUCACUCACCCCACUGGAAUCAUUCUCUGUGCUGAGCCAAAGUGAAGCCUCUUCCCAGACGAUGGACUCCCUUGGCUCCUUUAGCUCUGGGGCUGGAACAGGAGACACUGGUGGAAAGACAGUGUCUGGAUCACUGAGCACAGGAGGAUUGGAUUCCCUCUCUGAGUACACACUUCCUGGUGGACGAAUCUCUCACAGUUUCAUCCCUGGUUUGCGUAACCAUAAUGCCACCAAUGCAGUGAGUCUUAUCUCUUCCAUUCCGAACGGCCCAGCAGGUACCAAUCUCUCUUUGCUGUCACGAAACCCUCUGACUGUCACACAUGAGUUUAGACAGGCCUGUAAUGCCUGCUACAGUCGCGUAGGGCCCCGGGUCAUGGACUACCAUUAUCAGCCUGACGCAGCUCAUCGGUGUAAGAGAGAUGUGCUGCUCUGUCGCCUCAAAUCAUCAGACGACUCCACCUGGAAGAGGGUGCGACCUCGUCCUGCACGUAAUAACUUCCUUGGUGCAUUUGUUCUCUGCAAAGAGGUACAGGAGCGUCAGGAGUGCCAGUAUGGCGAGAACUGCACUUUUGCCUAUUGCCAGGAAGAGAUAGAUGUGUGGACCCAAGAAAGGAAGGGAGCUUUAAGCCGAGAGCUUCUGUUUGACCCUCUGGGCACCAACGAAAGGCGGGCCCUCAGUGUCACCCGUCUGCUUCAGCUCCAUAUGGGCAUGUUUAUGUUCCUCUGUGAGGAAUGUUUUGACAGUAAGCCUCGUAUCAUUAGCAAGCGAAGCAAAGAGAAUCUUGCUGUGUGUUCCAACCUCACUGCACGACAUCCCUUUGAUGAUAACAAAUGCCUGGUGCAUGUGGUUCGCUCAGCAAACGUGCGCUACAGUAAAGUACGUCCUCUUCACCCACUUUGCCAGUUUGACGUGUGCCGCCACGAAGUGCGUUAUGGCUGCCAGCGGGAGGACAGUUGCUCCUUUGCACACUCAGUCAUUGAGCUGAAGUGUUGGGUGCUUCAGCAGGACACAGGUAUUACCCAUGAAGAGAUGGUGCAGGAAUCUAAGAGACACUGGCACAGAUUGGAACAGAAUGCACAGAGACAAAAGCCCAUGCUCGGACCCCACCAUCCUACUAGUAUCAGCAGCAACAGCAGUGCUGUGGUCAGUGGUGGAGGAGACAACAGCAUCGGAGGAGGACUAGUAGGAUGCGGUCGUGGGCGUGGCCUUAAUCUGAAGUUGAAGUUUGUGUGUGGACAGUGUUGGAGGGAGGGGCAGGUCAACGAGCCAGACAAGUCACUGAAGUACUGCACUGCCAAAGCCAGGCACAGCUGGACAAAAGAGCGUAGGGUGUUGCUAGUGAAAUCAUUUGAGAAGAAAAAGUGGGUGGUAGUGCGACCGCUGCCUUUUUCUCGUACCUACCCACAACAAUAUGAUAUGUGCGUUCAUGUCAUGAAACAGAAGAAGUGCCACUAUAUUGGGAACUGUUCUUUUGCACAUAGUUUGGAGGAGAGGGAUGUGUGGACCUACAUGAAAAACAACAGUUUGAGAGACAUGCAGCAGAUGUACGAGAUGUGGCUAUCGUUGACCAAUCAGAACCGGCGCACCGAUAGCACCCACUUGACUCCACCUCUGGAAGAAAAACAGAUAGCCAUGCCAACUGACUAUUCUGAGUCAAUGGUUGGGCGGCGGCUGUCUGGAGGUGGAGGAGAUCUGUGACCUUGCAGGCAAUGUGGCUGUCUGGAUGAGACUUCCUGUUCAGAUGUUCCUGUUCUUCCCCACUCUUUCAGUGCCACUCUGGGAAGUACCAGGCUCUAUUCCCCUGAAGGGCAGAGUGCCUGACUAUAGGACUUACACAGUGAUUGUUGCCACAUAUACACACACACACACACACACACCACAUGCUUUACCGCUAAGUAACAAACACACUUGCACACUCACUGACAUGACUUGGCACAAACUCAUGUAUGUGAAAGUGCACACUGGUACUUUUACAGCUAACUUAAGGAGAGUUUUUGAGUUCCUUAAAUACAUUUAUGAGGAGUUGCAGGCAAAAUGUCACAUCUUUUCCCUCAAACCUCACUGUUCCCACAGUGCUUGAUUAACUCUUGGCCAAGAAGGACUGGUUCCCCCACUGUCAAGUCAAACCACCAGUCAAGACGCCACUCAUGUUUCAGUCAGGCACAACUGGUCUAUCUUGCAUAAUCCCAGUCACAGAUCUUGCACUGACAUGCACUCAUGUCCUCAGUUGUUCGGUUUGAACUGAGCAAUCACGGGACAGUGUUUGGUAUAGACGAGAAAGCAGCACACUGGAGGGCUGUUUGUACAUCUCUGCAGUCCCUGUCCAGCAUGAUCUGACCCUUUAGAUUAAUACAGUUUGGUUGCAGUUCAGCUGUGAUUGUGUUCGUUUGAUAAAACUAUUUUUGCUUUGGUUGAGAAUAUUUAGAAAGCGUGAUUGAUGGUUGGAAUAUAUUUCCAUGUUAUUUUAUUUUAGUUUAUAGAUUGGGGUUUGAAAUGCUUAAACUAUAAAGUCCAUAAACAUGCUCAAAGGAACCGCACAGUUCAACACAGGCCAGUAACCUAACAGUUCUUCAUUUGAUUGCAUAAUAGAAGUAUGAAUGGAGACAAAUUAGCAAGAAAAUACACAAAAGAGCUCUAUUUGCCUUCCGUAUUCAUAAUUAUAUCUAGUUCAAAAAUAUACUGUUUAGACAUUCUGUGCUACCCUUAGUAAGCCUUGUCCUUACUUUUAGAGGACGUGUGUGUAUGUGUGUGUGUGUGUGUGUGUGUGUGUGUAUGUAUAUAUAUAUAUAUAUACACACACACACACACACACACACACACACACAAUAUUGGCAUACUACUAAUGUUUAUUGAUAACUUAGCAUUUAAGCUUAAGUAUAACCUUACCUUGUAUUGAUUACAUAGAACAUCUUGUUAUUGAGCUAUGCUAUAUGACAUGUAUUGCUGAUUAGAUGGUUAGUGAUUUUUUUUUUCUUAUGCAAGUUAUUCCAGGAAUGUAAGUUUUGUGUGAUCAAGAUGAGAAUUUGCUAUCCCAAACUGCCUUAAAGUUAUAGUUCACCCAAAAAUGAAUAUUCUUUCAUUUACUCACCCUCAUGCCAUCCCAGAUGUGUAUGACUUCUGCAGAACACAAAGAUUUUUAAAAGAAUAUCUCAGCUCUGUAGGUCCAUACAAUGCA